CCGAAUUGUCAACAAACAGUAACCCGUCUGCACCGAAUCGUUAACAACAUGAAUCGAAUUAAAUUUGCUCAAGAAUAAACCGAAAUCAAACCAAACCGAUAAUAAUUUAAAUCGAACCAAUACCGACCCGUAAAGCACUUAAACCAGUUUUAAACCAGCCCGUUUUCAAACCGAACCGAAACCUAACUUUCAAACCGUUUUGACUUACUACUAGUACUUUGGUAUCAUUUCCCCUAUUCUCAUUCUUUCUCUCUCCUCUCUCGCUCAGUCACUUUUUUAUUUUUAAUUUUUUUGUUGCAGACUCUCACUCACUCAGUCACUCAUCAUUGCUUCCCGUCGUCCACCUCCUUUCCCAACCAAAAUCUCAAACAACCAUUCUCUUCGAAGUUUACUCAUUUCUCUGCAAAAUCCAUGGCUCGACGUGGAGGAAGACCUCGCAAGGUGGGUCUCAAACGUAUUGAUGCUGCCAUUGAUGCUUUAAAACCAAUGGGAUUUUCGCCUGAAAUUGUUCGUCGGAAUGUUGAUAAAUUGCUCAAAGAGUAUGGUGAAGAAGGGUGGCCUUUUAUUGAGGAGGCCUCUUACAAGUUGCUGAUUGAGUUUAUAGUGGAACCUCCUCUCACGGAAUCGCUGAUUGAAGAUGGAUGUCAAGGUGGUGAGGAGGAUGAGCCGGAGGAGGCUGGACCUUCUGGUGAAGCCAGUGAGUCCUCAUGCUCUAACCAUAGUACUCUCUUGGAAACUCCAACUGAUCCUCCUUUGGCAAGCCCUGAUCCUGUUGUAGUGCAUAAGCGUUCUUUAUCACUUGCUGAGAGUGCGAAGAGCCCAAGCCAAAUUGCUACGCCAAUGGAAGUAAACCAGACUAAUGAUAUCCUCGUAGAUCAGGAAAAUAUUUUACCUUUCCCCUCAAUGUAUACACUUCCUAUUCCACCCGGAUUUGAGCAUGUUCUUCAGGAAAAGAUUGCACCCAGUACACGCAGACCUUGCUUUGGUUGGAUUGGUCCCAGUGAUGAUGAAGAUAUUAUUCUAUUAACUCAUGCACCUGUUCUGAAAGGGAGGACUGGAGAGAGGCGAAGGAAGCGGAAAUCUAGGUGGGAUGUUGGGCCUUUUGAUGUUGUAUGAGAGGACUUUUCUAUUACUUGUAUAUAACUCAUCAUUUUCUUGUAGAACUUGUUACCUUGGUAGUCUGAGAAGGCAUAUGUUUCAAUGCUAAAUAAAGGAUUAGGACUUGUGCUACUUAUAAAAUAGGAUGCUAAACGGGAAGUUCUGCAGUUAAUCUUGUGAUAAUAGAAAUUACCCUUAUGGCUUGAA